GCGCGCGCGCACCAUUGUGUGGCUGGACUCGGCCGCCGCUGCGGUGUGAGGCGCGUGUACAGGCUCUCGCCGUCCCCGCACCCGCACCGCGGCUUUUGACUUGCGGUCCGCUGUUCGAUAGCCAGCCUUCGGGGCCCCUGCCCGCCACGGACAUGCCGCGCGUCUACAUAGGACGCCUUAGCUACAACGUCCGGGAGAAGGACAUUCAGCGCUUUUUCAGUGGCUAUGGCCGCCUCCUCGAAAUAGACCUCAAAAAUGGGUACGGCUUCGUGGAGUUCGAGGACUCCCGCGACGCCGACGACGCCGUUUACGAGCUGAACGGCAAAGAGCUCUGCGGCGAGCGCGUGAUCGUGGAGCACGCUCGGGGUCCGCGCCGCGAUCGCGACGGCUACAGCUACGGAAGCCGCAGUGGUGGAGGUGGAUACAGCAGUCGGAGAACCUCUGGCAGAGACAAAUACGGACCACCUGUUCGUACAGAAUUCAGGCUUAUUGUAGAAAACCUUUCUAGUCGUUGCAGUUGGCAAGAUUUAAAGGAUUUCAUGAGACAAGCAGGUGAAGUAACCUAUGCGGAUGCUCACAAAGAACGCACAAAUGAAGGCGUGAUUGAGUUCCGUUCCUACUCUGACAUGAAGCGUGCUCUGGAUAAACUGGAUGGUACAGAAAUAAAUGGCAGGAAUAUUAGGCUCAUUGAGGAUAAACCACGAACGAGCCAUAGGCGAUCUUACUCUGGAAGCAGAUCAAGGUCACGGUCUAGAAGAAGGUCACGAAGUAGGAGUCGCAGGAGCAGCCGCAGUAGAUCUCGAAGUAUCUCAAAAAGCCGCUCCCGAUCCAGGUCUCGGAGCAAAGGUCGAUCACGUUCUCGAUCAAAAGGCAGGAAAUCUAGAUCAAAAAGCAAAUCAAAGCCCAAGUCUGAUCGGGGCUCCCGUUCGCGCUCUCGAAGCAGAUCUAAGGAGUAUGAGAAAUCUCGAAGCAGGUCUCGUUCUCGAUCUCGUUCCCCCAAAGAAAAUGGAAAAGGUGAUAUAAAGUCAAAAUCUAGAUCAAGAAGCCAGUCUCGUUCCAAUUCACCCCUACCUGCCCCACCCUCAAAGGCACGAUCCGUGUCCCCUCCACCAAAAAGAGCCUCAAGAUCCCGCUCUAGAUCUCAUUCAAAGUCAAGAUCACGGUCCAGAUCGAGUUCCAGAGAUUAACCUAGAACUCUAUAUUCUUUGCACACUAUUAUGGAACACUUUCCUACUUGCUUAGGCAGUUACUCUUCCAUGUUUGUACUUGGCCUCUUCUGCAAGAGGAAUCUCCUGAAAAUGGGGCACACAGAAAUUUAAUUUGUGGCCAAAUUUGAUGAAAAAAAAAUGAGGUUCUAAAGAAAUGGUGGCAUGAAGUCAAAGACGCUCUCCCUUCUUUGUAGAAUUAAGAUAACUUUGAUUUUAUAGCUUUUGAGCUAAAAUAACUUUUGUAAAGAUUAAGCUCAUUUAGAUUUUUUUUUUAAAGUAUUUCAGCAGGAUCUGCUGCAGGGAUUUUGUUGUUUUGUUUGCUUUUAAAUUAACCGUUUCAAGCUUUGAAUACCUAAGGCUUUAGAGGGAGAUCCCGAUUUUCAAUUAUGUUGGCUUUUUAUAAAGCUUGAGUUAUGUAAGAUUUCAAUAAAAAUUUGCUACCAAGUUGAUUGCCUUACUGAAUAGGUCACUUAAGUUCCUUUAAAUAUUGAUAAUUUGUUCUUUGUGAAACAGUGUAAAUUCUACAUAAGUGUAAAAGAAGGCAAGUCUCAGACCAGCAAUAAAUUAUUCCAUUUGGAUAACAUUUGUGCUGUUAAUCAAAUUUGCCAAAGUCUAUCUGCCCCUUUGAGUUAAGUUAAAAAUAAAAGGUAUUUUGUAGUCAGUUACAUGAUUUUGCCUAAAUUAGUAGGUUUUAAAUAAUGAAACUUUUUAAACUUAAGUUUGCUCAAACUCUUGGAAGAAGUAGUUCUUAACACUUGGGAUCCCAUUUAGCCUAGUAAUUCUAUUUUCUGGAAGUGGUCAGUGUAAUUAGUGUUUUGUUAGAGUAUGGUUCUGUGGUUUUCAAUGUUUGUUACAUAAAAAUGGAAGUAGCCUUUCUUUGAUUGGAAAUUUAGUAUAUUCUUGUUCAAAGUAGAAAAGCAAAUACUGCAUUUUCUGCUGGAAGAUCAUUACAUUUAACAGGCACUUAACAGGUUGCUUGGUAAAAUCAGUUGCUUAUUAAAGUAAAAUUCUACCCAACAGUCAGUCCUCCUUAGAGUUGAUGAGGUUAUGUAAUAAUGGGUUAGAUCAUCCCUGUAACUUUAGGACAUAAUGGUUGAUUUGAAAAGGAUUUACAUAGAUAAACCCUAACCUUUCUGUACUUUAUUAUGAAGUGUAAUAUGCUAUGGAAGCCAAAUUAUACUGCAAAUUUCUAGGAGGUACUGGGUAACCAGUUCCUGUAUUUGUAGACCUAAUUAGUUGAAAUUGCAGUUUGAGAAAUGAAUGACCUUAGAUCUUUUUGUUCAGGUACUUUUCAAUGAAAUUAAAGCACUCAUUAACCUUG